CACCCCGGCCCCAGAGCCGCCAUCGGCAGCCACAGAUCAGCGGGUAAGCAUGGAGGCGCCAUCGGGCCGCGCGUACGGAGCCUCGCUGGCCGGCGGCUCCUUCGACCCCGUCAGCUUCAUUCAGAGACCGCAGACCGUCCUGCGCCUAUUGAGCUGGGUCUUCGCCAUUGUUGUUUUUGGGAGCAUCACGGCUGAGGGCUACAUCAACCCCUCGAUUCAUGUCCAGGAGGUCAAGUGCAUGUUCAACCAGAACGACAGCGCCUGCAGUUAUGGUGUGGCCGUGGGUGUGCUGGCCUUCCUGGCCUGUAUCGCCUUCCUUGUCCUCGACGUUCUUUUUCCUCACAUCAGCAACGCCAUGCAGAGGAAGUACAUUGUCAUUGGAGACCUGAUCUUCUCAGGGAUAUGGAGCUUCCUGUGGUUCGUGUGCUUCUGCCUCCUGGCUAAUCAGUGGUCACACACGCAGAACGCCGAGCUGAUCCCGGGCGAUGCAGCAAGGGCAGCCAUCGCCUUUGCCUUCUUCUCCAUCGGCACCUGGGGAGGACUGGCCUUUGUCGCCUUUAAGGUGUUCAGUAAGGGAGUGGAGAACUUUGUGGAGAACCCCACAGACCCAGCCAACAACCACGCCACCCCCUACCCCCCUGCCUACCCUACAUACCCUAGCGGGGGGGGGGAGAACUAUCAACAGCCCCCGUUUGCCACCAUGCCAACCCCGCAAGAAGAGGGUGGCUACCAGCCACCGGUUUACUGAGGGUGGGCGGAGUCUGGUCACAUGACACAGUGGAGGAAGGGUUUGGCUUUUGAAGCAGCUGUUCCUUCCUGUUUCACUCCCUUUCCUGCAGCCCACUGUUUGUUUGUUCUGAGUCCAUGUGCAGGAGCUGCUUGAAACACACGCGUCUGUGUUCAAACCCCGUUCGUACUGGUGCGAGUGUGUGCGCAGACCCCCACCCGUUUGCUUGUGCCUUUCUAAUGUCUUAACCUUUCUAUUGGUGAACGAUGGGGAGGCUGAGUUUUAGGAAUGUUGGUUAAUUCUGUAAACCUUGUUUUGGGCCGGUGUGUAUGGAGGACAGCCCUGGCGUGGAACUCGACACACCAGCCCCUGUGAGGUCACUAACGGUUUUGGGCGGUGGCAUAGCUCAUCACACACCUCUCGCCCUCAUACACACCAGCCCAGGCCACGGAGGAAUUGCACCAGCAUUUUUGCCAAUCACACUGUACACUAAUGUAUGCUUUUUUUUUGGCAUUCAGAAUUGCUUCUUUUGUCUUUUCCUUGAAGAAACUGAUUUUAUUUUGUGUUUUCUGUUGUAUAGGUUCAUUUAGACUGUUGAGGCUGUGUUCCUGAUAAGGCCGUGGUAUUUAUUUUGUGAGUGUGAAUGUGUUCGGGAGAGGGUUCUGCAGAAACGCUUGUUUUGUACAACCCAGAGUUUUUUUGUUUAAAGUAAAACUGUUCAGCGGCUGAUAA